CGGAAGUGUGCCGGAAGCACAGACAGAGACACAGAAAGCGGUGUAAACAGAGUUAGCUAGUAACAUCAGCUAGCAGCCGAUAUGUCCACCGGAGUCGGGAAACAUAAGAUGCUGUCCCUUGGGCCAACCGAGCCAUGGUCCAUCCGGGAGAAGCUUUGCCUGGCUUCCUCAGUGAUGAGGAGUGGAGAUCAGAACUGGGUAUCAGUCAGCAGGGCCAUCAAACCUUUCUCUGAGCCAGGCCGCCCUCCAGACUGGUUUUCUCAAAAGCACUGCGCUUCCCAGUAUUCAGAGCUGCUGGAGACCACAGAGGCCCCAAAACGGAAACGUGGCGAAAAGGGAGAAGUGGUAGAGACCAUCGAAGACGUGAUCGUGCGAAGACUUACAGUGGAGAGAAUAGACGAGCUCAAAAGACUCCUUAAAGACACUCAGGAAAAAUACAGGAAACUAAAGAAAGAGGUGGAUUUGAUUCAGGCAGGACACAUGGACUCCAAACUCGAAGAGCUGUGGGGAGAGAUUGAACAAAAAAAGAAGCAGGAGGAGGAGGAGGCCGAGCAGAAGAGGAGAGCCACAGAGUCGGCCUAUCAGGCACGACAAGCUGCUAAAAACACUAAGAGGCACCCGAGCAUCACUGUCCGCUCUCCACUAGGGGUGGGGUCACCCAGCAUGGACCUCCCACAACCGGACACCCCUCAGCCAAUCAUAGACGAGUCCUGUUCUAGUCCUAUGGCCCAGGGCGCGCCCGUGUUCAUACCAGUGUCUGAGCCUGCAGGCCCAGUGCAUAAAGAUGGAAGCUUGAGUGCUUUGAUAGACGAAUCCCCACAGAAGAAACUCCCAAAUCAGAAGGCCACUCCUCCUCCUUCACCUUUGCUCUCUGAGCUGCUGAAGAAAGGAAACCUCCUCUCAGCCAGCCCCAGACUGGUGGUGGAGGGGGAGGUGGCUCUCAGUAAUGGUGCUCAUGGUGUAGACAUACAUGUCCCUGCAGCCGUUCAUUCUGCCAGCCAUGACAUCUCGACAGAUGCACCAACAUUAUCGCGCUUGUUGGAAGGUGCUCCCACAGUCCAGAUGCCAGCCAGCGCUGAGCCCUCUAACCCCCCAGCUGUAGCUGCUUCUGCUUCUGGACUCCACUUUAUACCCAGCACAGGUGCUACAGUAGCAGAAUGUUCGGGUACAGAGUCGGUGCUGGCUGUUCAGUCUGGGGUGGAUCAGACUGUGGGAAGAGAGGGUGAGCUGGUGGAGGACAUGGUGGCUGUGUCAUACAUAGAGGACGAGUUGGACCUGGCGACAGUGGGAGAUAUUAUAGCCAUUAUCGAAGAAAAGGUGGACGACGCAGAAUUUGAUGCGGCUGCAGCGGAGGCUGCUUUUUCUCUGUGUGAUGAGACCAGUGUCCACCCCCUCGUGGACCCCUGGGAACCCCAGCCCUUUAAACCAUCUGAGCCAGAGUCCAGAGUUUUCCCCGGUCCCCAGCUUAGCUCUUCAUCACCUGUGGCAGCUAUUGUGGUAGAAUCUGUUAUGGUAGAAGAGGUCGGACAGGCUGCAGUGUCUGAGAUGCCCACAGGGGACCCUGAUUCCACACCUUCAGUGGUUCCAGGAACCACACAUGAACCUGAGACAGCAGGGGACGAAGAGAGGGAUGGAGAGGAGGACGGAGCCAGGGAGGAGGAGCAGACGGAGAACAGAACACCCAGUCCAAUGGUGAAGUGCGAGAGCGAGGAGUGGGUUCAGCCUGAAGCAGAGACACCCUGUCUCGACUCGGAGGACAGCUCUGCCUCUGUGAGAGACCCAAAGGAGGUGAAGGAUGAAGAUGGAGGGAGUGAGGUAGACGCAGAUGAAGGGAUGGAGAUGAAAGAAUGCGGGGAGGGCCCAUAUCUUUCAGAGGUCGACCCACCAGCCAGCGAGAGUGAGGACGGGUAUGGCACUAACUCGCAACGCUACACCACCGCAGACUCCACCGCCAGCAGUCCCGCUUCAUCCCAGUUUUCGAUGUGUAGUGAGGAUCAGGAGGCUUUGCAGGCCCAAAAAAUCUGGAAGAAGGCCAUCAUGCUGGUGUGGCGUGCUGCAGCCAAUCACAGGUAUGCAAGUGUGUUUCUACAGCCUGUAUCCGAUGACAUCGCUCCUGGAUACCACAGCAUCGUACACAGGCCCAUGGACCUGUCUGCAAUCAAGAAGAACAUUGAAACGGGGCAGAUCCGCACGACAGCCGAGUUCCAGCGGGACAUCAUGCUAAUGUUUCAGAACGCAGUCAUGUACAACAGCUCGGACCACGACGUCUACCACAUGGCCCUGGAGAUGCAGCGCGAUGUCCUGGAGCAAAUCCAGCAGUUCCUGGCCACUCAGCUUAUUAUGCAGACGUCUGAAUCAGGCAUCAGCGCCAAGAGCCUGCGCGGGCGAGAGGCCAACCGUAAACAAGAUCCUAAUGACAAGAGCCUGAGCCCAGCACACAAAGAUGCACAUUUAGAGCCAGAACCAGCUGCCAUGCCCAGAAGGAAAAGGAACAACUCCAAACAAGAUACUAACAAACAGUGUGUGAUGGUGGUAUACACAAAAUGCUCGGAGGAUACACAGGAUAAAUGAAAGACCCUCCCUUGUAAUUGUCAACGUUUUUUCACAAGCCAAACUAGUUAUAACCAUAUCAAAAUUUCACUCGCCUGCUCUGCACCAGUGGAAAUUAAAAACCUCGUUUACGAUGCUGAUUAAGUAAGUAAGGUUUAAAAGUUAUUUCAAGUUUUUGACUUGUGUUUGCAAAGAAGAGGAAAAAUUUGGCUUAUUUAUAAAAUUAGUCUUAUUUGUUCUGAUUAUACUUAAUAGGGCUGAGUUAUCAUUUAUUUUGCAGUGACGGUGUAUGUAUUUUUAUGGCUGUAAAAAGAUUAAAUGCUGCAUAAUAAUUAACUGAGCUCUUUAUGGGUUACAGCUAAUUAGCUUGUCCUCUUUUAUUUAUGUUUUUCACAAAAUGUUCUGGAUGGUACUUUCAGUCUCAGAGCUUUAAACUAGUACUAGGGUGUGCUUUUGUCUUUAAGCAGUUUUUUGGAAUUGCUCUGGAUAAAUGUCUUUUUCAGGAACCGGUGAAGGAUUUGAAUGUUUUCAUGAAAAUUACAUUUCUUGUGAAAAUAGAUUUUAUUUAAAGUGGUAGAAUUUUAUACACACUGAUUUUUAUUCAUUAAGUGAUUUAGUAAAAUUGGCCAGUAACAGUAUGCUGGUGCAGAAUGUGGCAUACAGAGCAUUUGCAUAUUCAUAUGUCAUAUAAUAAUGCACAAUAUGAUAAUGUGUAUACAUGGAUAUUCAUUAUAUUCAAGGUGUGAGCUGUAUUCUUGACACACUGGGAUGGAAAUAAAUAUGCAAAUACACUAUAUUUUUCCCCAAACUGCACAAUUUGGAGGCACAUAGGGAUGUCUUAAAUGCAUUAGCACUACAUUUUUCCCCUUUUACCUAAACUGGAAGAUCAAAACCAUGACAAUGUGCACAAAGUAAGCUCCAUGAAGAUAUGCUUUAAAUGGGUUGGAGUAGGAGAUCUUCACUGGCCUGCUAUAGAACUCUGAUCUUAUUAUAACCUCAAAUGUGGACCAAUCUUAUAGUCAGGUGGUCAUAAUCUUUUGUCCAUAUAGUGCAUCAGUUUGGCUAACAGUAUAUUUAGCUAGUCGGCCUCAGUGAAGAUGCCAAGAGACUCUGAGACUGUCUGAAUGUCAUCUCUGUCCUCAUGAUUGUGAGGAAACACCUGGUAAAAAAUCACAAUGAUCUAUGCAAAAAAAAAAUAAAACAAUCAUGUAGGAGCGAGAAACAGCACAGGAAGUUGUUGGUCAUAAAAGAUUUUGCAUACAAUACAAUUAUUUAUAUAAUAAAUGUUUAAUUUAUACAAAAUAAAUAGAAAGAAAUCAAUCAGGAUACAAUCCAGCAUCCAGUUACAUGAGAACGCCAGGUGUAAAUAUGGUCUUGGACACUUCAGGAAGCAACAAACAACAUCCAGUUAACAAAUGCCUGGAUGUAAUUUUCAUCACAAUGAUCAGCACAACUGAAUGCUCAGAAAGAUCACCUGAUGGUAAGUUUUCAGCAUGUUAAACAGGGUUAAAGCUCAGAUUCACUACAUACUUAGUGAUACAUUAUUCUUCUAUCGUCACAUUGGCAUAUAAACACGGUCCCGCUCUUGAAUUAGCUGUAAUUGUCUAAUAAAAUCACACACAAGGUGAUUCCUAACUUUCUCUGUGGAGAUUUUAUUGCUGUUGCUGGGUAGUAUAUGAGCGUGUCAGUGACGGUUUGUGGCUACAUGAUCUGCAUGAACCUGUUCCAUAUGCAUGAUCCCUUACACACUCGCCAGACCCGAAACAAAUCCAUGUCACCAUUACCUCCUGUUCUCCAUUGUUGUUUCUGUUUAUUUAUUUUAGUUGAAAUAAGCUGCAUGCUUUGUAAAGCCAUGAACAUGGGUGAUGCUGAAGCAGCCUGAGGGCCAGGUUUCUCAAAGCCAGUGCUUGUUCCAUAAAGGUUCUCACAGUAUUUACUUCUAGUUUAUUGUCCACCUGCUUGAGAGAUAUCUGGUAUUAUUGUUAAAAUAUCAUCAAACUGGUUAAUCAGUUUACAUUGGAGGCAAAAAAAUGGACUGUUUGCGCACACGUGCUGCUCUGGCAGUUCUGUCUCUCAGGAUAUUAGGGCUGUUGCAGUGUCGAGGUUUCCUGGUUGGUUACAGUGUAUUGAAGGAGAACUUCAGGUCCAUUGACCUUUUACAAAAUACAGAUGAACUAAAAUACAUUUUCAGCAUGGCUAGUCACGAGUUCAUUGUUUCACUUGAACAUUUUGGUGAAAUAAAAACAGAAAAUGCAUGAAAUAUCAGGAAAUAUACUGU